UCGUCGGCUUCGGCUUCGGCUUUUAUUUUCUUCCGACGGGCCACGAAGCGGUUCCAUCGACUCUCUCAAUCGAAACUCAGUUCUGCGUGGGCCGGGAGGGCUGGAGUGGGGAGCCGACGAGGCGGCAGCGGAGGGGGAUCGCCGGAGACGGGAUGGACGUGCCGUGGGUGCUGGUGGCGCACGGGUCUGUGACGGCGCUGGUGGUUGUGUCGUUUCUCUGUGGGCAGUGGCCCAUCUUCGAGGGCACCUUCGUUCAGAGCAUCAACCACUUCCUCACCUCCGGAGCCUACCGCCACUUUCUGCGGCUAGUGCAGGCGGCGUGCGGUACCGGAGCCAGGGAUCUCGUGCUCGGCGUCGAGCAGUACUGCUGCGACCGCCCUAACCCUAUCCUGCAGGUUUUUUAUGUUGCCAUAAUUGGCGGAACAUAUUUUAUAAUAGUGCAGUCAUCUUUCAAGUACAUUCCUGGGUAUUACGUGAGUGUAUUGCACAGGUACCUGAGCAUUGUGGUUGUUUCUAUUGGUGCUAUACUCUUUGUUCUCACUAGCUUCUCUGAUCCUGGGACUAUUACUUCUGAGAACGUGUCUCAGUAUGUAUCUGCCUAUCCUUUUGACAACAUUAUUUAUGUAGAGAAAGAAUGUUCAACAUGCAAGAUUACCAGACCAGCUAGGGCAAAGCACUGUAGAAUAUGUGAUAGAUGUGUGGCUCGAUUUGAUCACCACUGUGGAUGGAUGAAUAAUUGCAUUGGGGAGAAGAAUACUCGCUAUUUUGUGGCCUUCUUAGUUUGGCAUUUUCUUUUAUGUCUGUAUGGAGCAAUUAUCCUUGGCUUCAUUGUUGCUGGUGAAUUGAAAGACAAGAAAGUUGUCUACAUACUGACAGUUUAUUAUGGCAUUGAUAAUUCAUUCUCUGCCCUGUUUCCCCAUGUUGCACAGUGGUUGCUUGCUGUCCAUAACACACAGAUACUUUUGGUUGUAUUUUUGGGUAUAAUAGCGUUGCUUCUUGGGGGGUUUUGUGCUUAUCAUGUACAUCUUUGCUUAUCCAACACGACUACAAAUGAGACAUUCAAAUGGCAAGACUACAUUUUCUGGAUGAAAAAGGAGAACGCAGUGAAAGCUAGCGCAUACACACUGAAGGCGAGCAUCAACGCAGCCAGCAGCGAAGCGCAGAAAUCGCCGCAAAGCAAAUGGAAGACGUUCUUCUCAAGGUCGAAAACACGGGCCGAGGAGCCGGUCGUGAAGAAUAACAUAUAUGACGUUGGCUGGAUCAGGAACCUGUGUGAGGUGAUGGUACCUUUAUCGGAGCGGAGUUCGUUCUCUUGCAAGAAGUCGGAAUGAAGUGAAAUGCUGUUGCAACUGUUGUAUGACUUAACUGUUGUAUAUCCAUGGCGUUGUAGAAUUUUGGGAACAUUUCCCCUCCCCCCUCAUACACUGACAUGGUGUUAGGGCCGUGAUUGGAGCCAAAGUAAUUAACUGUAGAUGACAGUCUGUGCAAGUCGUUUUUGCUUGUAUCAUUCCUGAAGCAAUAGUUUUGGCAUUUUGAUAACUUCAUUAUCUGGGCACUCGUCCGUUACCCGGAAAGCAAUAAAUAGUUUUGACAUUUUGAAUA